CCGACGGAGGGCUGCACGAGCCACUCCGAGCUUCAGCUGCACACCUGCACGGACACAGACUCACAGUGAGCUGCACACACACUCAGCUGCACACAUCUGGCCGGUAUGUCCGCUGUCUGUGCGCUGAGAUCCCGCUGCUUCCCCCGGCAGGUGCUGCUCGGCCUGCCCGCCGCCAUGCACCGCAGCUACAGCCUGGACGUCUCCGCUCCGCUGCUCCGGACGCAGGGCUACGUGGACGGUCGCUGGGUCUCCGCAGCCUCCGUGUUCCCCGUGCUGGACCCAGCCACCGGGCAGGAGAUAGCCCGGGUGGCGGACUGUGGCCCCGCGGAGGCAAAGCAGGCGGUGGACGCUGCGUACAAAGCGUUUCACUCCUGGAAGCAGUACACCGCCAAGGAGAGGAGCGUCCUGCUCAGGAAGUGGUUCGACCUGCUGACUCUGCACAAGGACGAUCUUGCCAAGCUGAUCACCUUCGAAUGUGGUAAGCCGUUGCGUGAGUCUCUGGGUGAGAUUGCGUACUCGGCCUCCUUCCUCGAGUGGUUCUCUGAAGAAGCUCGCAGAGUUUACGGUGACAUCGUUCCGUCUCCGGUCAAAGACAGAAAGAUACUGCUGCUCAAGCAGCCGGUGGGCGUGGCCUCCGUCAUCACGCCGUGGAACUUCCCCAGCGCCAUGAUCACCAGGAAGGUUGGAGCUGCUCUGGCUGCCGGCUGCACGGUGGUGGUAAAACCAGCCGAGGACACCCCGCUGUCGGCUCUGGCUCUGGCAGAGCUGGCGGAGCAGGCGGGGAUCCCAGCCGGGGUGUUUAACGUGGUUCCCUGCUCCAGAGAGACGACUCCGUCAGUGGGGCAGGUCCUCUGCACCGACCCCCUAGUGGCCAAAAUCUCUUUCACCGGAUCCACGGCCACCGGAAAGGUGUUGCUGAAAAUGGCUGCCGACACAGUGAAGAAGGCGUCCAUGGAGCUGGGAGGCCACGCCCCCUUCAUCGUGUUCGACAGCGCUGACGUCGACAAGGCGGUGGCUGGAGCCAUGGCAUCCAAGUUCAGGAACUCCGGACAGACGUGUGUUUGUUCCAACCGGUUCCUGGUGCAGAGCAGAAUCUACGACCGCUUCAUAGACGAGUUGGGCCGAGCGAUGGAUGCCGAGCUGCGACUGGGUCACGGCUCGGAGCCUGAAACCACCCAGGGGCCGCUGAUCAACACCAGAGCAGCAGAGAAGGUGGUCCAUCAGAUAUCGGAUGCUGUGUCCCGUGGGGCGAAGGUUCUGAGGGGUGGAAAGCGUCUCCACGGCUCCUUCAUGGAACCGACUCUGCUGGCCGACGUCACUGCAGAAAUGCUGUGUACGAAGGAGGAAACGUUCGGACCGCUGCUGCCCGUCAUCAGGUUUAACACAGAAGAAGAAGCUCUGGCUAUCGCGAACGCUUCCAACGUCGGGCUGGCAGGUUACUUCUACUCGCAGGAUGUGAGUCAGAUCUGGCGGGUGGCAGAGGCAUUGGAGGUGGGGAUAGUCGGCGUGAACGAGGGCCUUCUGUCCACGCCGGAGGCCACGUUUGGCGGCGUCAAACAGUCCGGUUUGGGCCGUGAGGGUUCAAAGUACGGCAUCGAAGAGUAUCUGGAUGUGAAGUACAUGUGCUUCGGAGGUCUGAAGCCCUGAGCGAGGACGGAGCGACGCCUCGGGGCCGCCGGUACGACAACACGGUGAAAGUAAUCCAUCUCAGGUUCUAAUUAAACUCCCCUCAUACCAGAAUAACACUUUAAAUUACAGAAAACCUGCAUUAGAGGUCCCACUGUGACCUCAUAUAACAACUAACUGCAGGUAAACCACAGAACAGAAGGUUAAAUCUAAUUAAAAUGACAAUAUAUGCUCAGAUAACGUUCAACAAACCUAUGAGUUACUAAACAAGGUCCGCUUAUUUUAUCUUCUCUUCCCUUUUAGAAAUAAACAGUUUAUAUGUGGAAAAAUAUUUAAAGCAAUAAGUAAUUACGUUGUUUGUUUUGGAAUUUCUUCUGAAAAUAAUGGUACAUUCUGAUUGGCUGCAUGGUUUGUGUUAAAAUUCUAAUCUUGCAUGGAUCUCCUGCUGAUUGGAAAUGGUGGAUGGAUGGAUUGGAAUGGAUUGGAAAUGGUGAAUUUCUUAACAUUUGUUGGCUUCAAAAUCAGAAUCCGUCAGAGGUCUUCACUGAUAGUUUUGUUUCACAUUUAGUGCUUUCAAGCAGCAAAAUUCAAUUAAAUUACAGAUUUAACUUAAAUAUUAAGGUUCAGACCCUCUGAUAUACAAAAAAAACUAUUACCUUAAAAAACAGUUGUGUCAUAAAAUAUCUGGUUGUUUUACAAAAAAUAACAAGGGUAAAAAAAACUUGUAGAAAUUGAAGAGGAGAUGUUUACCUAAAACUCCCAUGAUGCUUUGCUGCAAUAACAUGAGCUCUAGUAUCAACAACAAACAUGUAAUGCCAGAUGCUAUUUGGAUAUUUUUUACUGAAGAAAAACAAAAUAAGAUCAUUUGACAAGAAACACAAAGGCUGAAUUUAAGCUUUAUUGUAAGUUCAGACAAUUUGUUUUACUUUUACAUGAGAAAACUGGAGGAUUCGUCUUCCAUAAACUUCUGCCACAUAGAACAGAUAAAGAAACGUUUGGUAAGAUCCUUCUAAUCUGUAAGUCCAUAAAAUAAUGCAGUUUACUGAUAAAUAUCAGUAAAUAAAACUGAACCACUGCUUUAAGGUAGCUUGGCAUCUCACACACUGACGAAUCCUUUACUCACACUUUUUUGUGUUUGUGGAACAGCUAGCUCUGUAGCUGUAGCUCUGCAAACGUACACAUUCAAGUUCAUAUCUGUAAGCUUUGUUUUGUAGACCUUGUUUCUGCCUGCAGAGUCCAUUUUGUGAGUCUGUCCAUCCAGAUAUAAAGGCUUGAAGACUUGAAGUUCAUGUUUGUGAGAUGUGAAGCAAAAACAGUUUUCUUAGCCAAUCGUCAGCAGCUUUAUUCAUCAAUUGAUUGUUAGGUUGACUGAUGUACAGCAGACAUGUUUUUGUACGCUGAUGGAGCUACUAAUCUUAGACACGUAACAUCAAGUAAUUGUCUGUCAUGUGGGGUCAUUGUCCUCUGAACAAAACUCACAUAAGUCUUUGCCAUGGUGCCCAUUUACUAUCUUAACCCCCACAAUGCCCUCUGCUUGCCAACAUGAACUGCCCGUAGUAUGACUAACCGCCUCCUGUGGUCUCUACAGUAACUUAUCAGUUAAUAUGUUUUUGAAUUGAAUUGAAUUGAAUGCCUUUAUUGUCACUAUACACAUGUACAAUGAGAUUAAGAGCAGCUCCUUC